AUGGCUGCUUAAGGGAGAAAACGCGCCGCAUACUAUGACAAACCACACAUAGACUGGAGUUAGUUUUGGAGGUUUACAUCUACUAAACUGACGCUGCAGUUCACAAGUAGAAAAUUGUGUGUGACAUCGAGUACGUGAAUUUUUAAGAACUAUAAAGAAUAAUCGUUUCGAAUAAAUGAAAUAGCUGGUAUAGUUUUCUGCAUGGUUUGCCAAUUAACACUUCUAAUUAUAUCGUUAGUUUUUAUUAAUAAUAAUGCCGAAAAAUCGACAUGUCUGAAAGAACGUAAGAGCAUAACAAGUUAAUACUGGGACGGACGAUCUUAAAGAUAUUUACCAACAUGAUCUACAAAUGUACGAUUUUCCUCCAUCCGGCGAAAUUCCGUUCGUGGAUUUUCAACAGUUGGGUAUGGACAGAGUAAAACUAUUGCAACAUGUGGAAAGUAAUGCUCUACGAACAGACGCGAAGCAAGUGGAAGAGCGCAAGAAAAAUCUGAGCACAUCUUUAGGAAAAGAUGGGCUCAAAUAUUUUGUGCACCUUCUUCAUGCAACUGGGUCCAGCGCACCAUCAGAAGCAGAUUUGCAAUGUAGAAGGAAGGAUCACUUGUCCCACUUUAUAAUGAGACUGUCAUGUAGCCAAGAUCCAGAUCGCCAGGCAUGGUUCAUUAGUCUAGAACUAGAGUUAUUUAAACUAAGAUUUAGUUCAUUAGAUGCUGAGGGAAUAGAAAAGCUCCUUGGCAUGCAUAAUAUCGAAUGUCAGCAAAUCACUAGAGAGGAAAAAGAUGCAAUUAGGGAAGAACUUCGUUCAUCCACUGCAAAAGUUUCUAAUGUCGAUAUAUCAGAGUUUUACAAAGUACCUUUCCUGAGGGUGACUGACCUAGUCAAGUCACGCAAAGUAUACCUGACAAAUGGAAUGGCAUACAUACCCCAGGCAAGCUUAGUGUCUCUGUUUGUUUCUUAUUUGAGGAACAUCUUAAUUGAUGGCAUUAAGUACGCAAAGUAUUACGUCUCAAAAAUAUCUGACGACGAAAGAUUGAUGUCUUUCCUCAAAUCCUUGCCUGGUUCUUUCUCUGGUAUGACCCGCGUGGUCUGGACGACGACUGCUACACCUGUAGAGAAGCUGAACGAGUUGUCGAAAACAUCUUAUCCUCUGUGCAUGAGGUUGCUCCAUGAAGGUCUUAGGGCUCAGCACCAUCUCCGAAAUAGCGGGCGUAUUCAGUACGGUCUGUUUCUUAAGGGUAUCGGGGUGACAAUGGAAGAUGCGUUGCAUUUUUGGAAAACAGAGUUCACGAAAAAAAUCGAUUCAGACAAAUUCGAUAAACAGUACGCCUACACCAUAAGGCACACGUUCGGCAAAGAGGGUAAACAAACGAAUUACACCCCUAUGGGCUGCACAAAAAUUAUCACGUCCGCAGUGGGUCCAGGGGAGUACCAUGGCUGUCCAUACAAACAUAUGGAUAACGAAAUAUUGAGACAGAAAUUGUCUGGUAUCGGUAUACCAGUGAUAAGCGCCAAUGAAAUCGCAGAUCUGGCCAAAAAUGGUCAUUACCUUAUUGCUUGCACCAAGUAUUUCGAGAUUCUGCACAAUCGAUUGCCGGACAAGUCUAUUGUUCAUCCUAAUGGAUACUUUAUAGAAAGUCGAGCUAUAUUAGCCAAAGAAGAAGUCACAGAACCCGAUACGCAAGAGAAAUUUUCGCAAACCGGAAGAUACAGCGAGAGAUUGAGCAACACUCCGAUCAGAAGAGACAGGAAUUUUGGCACCCCUUCAAGAACUAUGGAUACGUCGAUCAGCACACCGUCACGAGUCAUGGACAAAACAAUGACACCGGUAAGGAAAGUGGAAAAAAUAAGCACCACUCCAUCGAGGGCGCCCAAAGCAACCCCGAAGAGACUGGACACUUCUUCCCUCCAAAAUGAUGAAAUCAUUGCCCAGCUGAUGAGCGAGGACAUGUGAACGCGACCGAACAUGCGUUAAGAAUUGCCUUUAUUGUAAAAUAAAUAUUUUUAUAAUUUCAUCGGAAUCUCAGAAAUAUAAUUUUCUCAAUUA